AGACAAAUGAUUUGGAAAUUAAUCGGUGCAUUGGUGGUCAGUGGUUUUGUGCAUAUGACAGAUUGUUGUCAGCGAAAUAGUUACGGAAACAGAAUAGAAUGUCCAUCUCCGGGAACACGGGAAGUGUAUGCCGCUGAGAAGGCCACACAUGCCUAUGUUGAGCGUUUUGAACCUAAAUAUCAUAAAUGUGGCAUAUGUGUCGUAACCUUUUACCACCUACUGAAUGGAUUACACACUCCUAACAAUGGAGCAGAGGGCACAUAUAUACAGAAAUGGAAGUUGCAGAUUGCCCUGGAUCACCUAGGAAGCCCCGAAUGCAUUUAUGACCUAAAAAUAAAAGUCAUUCGGUGUCCUGAGGUAUCUAAGCAUAUACAAAACGGACGAAUAUGCCCAGAGGGAUUACAACUGGGACAUAGAUAUGAAAUAAUCUGCAACAAGGGGUACGACACUGGCGGUUUCAGCGCAUUUAGGACGUGCAGAAGACACGAUGGUAUUAAUGGUAGAUGGCAACCUAUAACAAGAGGCGAAGAAUGCAAAAGAAAUACGUGUGACAAAAUGGUCCCGGUUGACGAUAAUGCUAUAGCAGUUUGCAGUGGGAUAACAGGGAAUACUAGAACUGACAAGUGUUCAUUCAGGUGCAACAACGGAUACUAUGUUCUUAACGGUGAACCAACAGUGGCUGAAUGUAGAGUGGAUUUAACGUGGAGUAACAGGGGACCAAGAUGUGGAAAAAAGGUGAAACCAGUGGUGAGAAAUCCACCCAGUGAUAAAAUUAUUGAGAUUGAGUUGAAAUACCCAAUUGAGAUACGAAUUGAGAAGCCUAUUUUUGAAAGGGGUGUUCACCCGAAGAAUAUACUUCCAAGAACCUGUCCUGGCUACCCUGAUGAUGUUCUCCACACUGACCAAAGAGGAACCUAUGUCAUAAGGUGUUCCGCGACAGAUGACAUAACUGGCCUUAGUGCAUCACAUUCAUAUACAAUUCUUGUAAAAUCAAACACUGCUGAUUGUGUUCAACUUGCGCCACCUCCCAACGGAGCAUUAGUCUGUGAUCAAUGGUUGUUUGGAAUGUACUGUCAGCUAUACUGCGCACCAUUUUCUCAUGUUCCGGUUGAAACGUAUAUAUCGAAAGGCAUCUUUAUUUGUGCUGGGGGUUCAUGGGAUAGCCGUUCUCUCCCGACGUGUUCAGCUUCCGGAGAACCAUCACAAAUCCGUCGUGUAGACCCAAUUAUGACAUUUCGCGGUCAAUGUAACCUAAAUUCCACUAAGAACUCUUUGAAGGAAAGGUUCCUUACAAGACUGAUGAAUUCUCCCCACAGACUACUAAUUUGUCCACCCCAUGUAGAAGCUCUGUCGCUGUGCACAUCCGCUAUGGCUGCAGUAUAUUGUCAUGGUGAUGCGGUUUCAGAACAUCAUCAUCGCAUAGAACACUCACAAGAAACACUAAUAGAUCAAUGUUUUGAACAUAAAUGUGAAUUCGGAAGUACCUGCAAAUCAGUGAAUAACAACUACACAUGCUUUUGUACUGAUGGUUUCAGAGGAGACCUAUGCGAACAGCAAAUGGUUAAUGGCGGAUGGACAUUUUGGAGUGAAUGGUCAGAUUGCAAUAAAGAAUGUGGAAAUGGUACUCGAGAAAGAUUUAGAACAUGUACUUAUCCGGAACCAGCUAAUGGCGGAAUCGACUGCGUAGGAGAUAAAUCUGAACAUCAAAAUUGCAAGAACGACUGCCCAGUUUGCAGAUCACUUAAACAGCCAUCGAAUGGAUUCAUCAGAUGUAACCCGAACAUACCCGCGCCCAACAAGGGUAUUGAAUGUACGGUUGGGUGCAAUCGAGGGUUUGGCUUCAGCGUCGAAAUUAAGAGGAACAUAUUCUGUGGAGCUCCAACUAACUUUUCUUGGCAACUUGAAGAAACCAGUGGGGAUCCCGAACGCCUUCCAGAAUGCACAGGGACAACAAAGUCGCGUGGAUUGGCAGUUUUCUUAUCUUUUUCAUUGGAUGGUCAAUUCGUUAGGAGUGACAUAGCCAUUGUUAACUCGUCCAUACAUGACAAGCUUCUUGAAUUUAAAGAACAUAUGCCAUGUCUCUUUGAAACAUGCAUACCGGCUGUUGGCAUACAUGUAGAACCAGGAACACGGAAAAACAAUGGUUCGGGGCCUUCGGUGACAAGUAACCUUGAAAUAACCAUUACAGUACAUUAUAUAGGUACAAGUUACGAAUACUUUAUAAAUGCAAUCAAAGUGGCAUCAGCAUAUAUCAGCGAGCAAAAUGAGACGCUUCUUUCCAUGGAAAUAAACAACACCACCAUUGUAACGUCAAGUUACACAUCAGACUCGUACGUCGAAUGUCCAGUCGGUUACGCUGUCGAUGGAAAUGACCUCACAUUAUGUUCUCGAUGUCAAAGGGGAACAUUUUAUCGGAAUCAUCGCUGCAACAUUUGUCAUCGUGGCUUCUACCAACCUGACGAAGGACAAACGUUUUGUUUACAUUGUCCUGUUAACACAACAACACCAUGCAAAGGUGCAAAGAAUAUAGACGAAUGUAUUUUUAAAGAGACUACACCUUAAGUCAAGUCAUUUACUUGCACAUAAAUAUUGAAUCCACCUCUUGGUACUUGAUCCUGUUGGUAAAAAUAGUAAAAGGUUACUCAGGAUAUUCCCCGAUUGUUUUUGAUAAAUGCUACUAUAUAAACAAUUAAUAUCAAUACGUCAAAUUAAGAUAAAAACCACUCGACCUCUCGAAUUUGUUGUUUAUCACUCCGAAAAUUGGCACUAUUCAUGUGUUUAUUAAUUAUUAUUGAAAUUUAUUUUAAAUUGUGCCUGUUAAUUGCCCAUCAACAUCAAAAUACUAUGCUGUGUGAAUGUAAG